CAUCCCUCACAAUUUCCUCCUCACAAAUUUCCGAUCAUGAGCGUCAGAAGUCGAAACGGCUGUUUGAAUUGCAAAAAGCGGAAGCGCCGUUGUGGCGAGGAGAGGCCUGCCUGCAGGAACUGCGAACUCCGAGGUUUCGACUGCUCCUAUCUGUUCGAAACGUCACAACCAGCACCAUUACGAUUCAAGAUUUCUCUGAGCAAAGGACACAGAUCCAUUCUGAAACGGCGAAAGCGUUGGCAGUUUCUCAGCGUAUCCUAUCACGACGCCGAUGUCUUAUUAUGCGAGCAUUAUCACCACCUUCCGACUCCUCCUUCCAGACCCAGCAUAGAGCGCGACAGUCACACGGACGACUACCCAACCACAUUCAGCGCCGAGCCUUCGCCCUUCGCAGCUCUCUUGAUAGACUGCGGCGAUUUAGAGACACAGUUGUUUCAAUACUACCUACAAGUCAUCUGCAAAGUUCGCGUGUUUCAGGAUGAACCGCGAAACAAGUUUCGCUCGCUUGUCGUGCCUUUCUGCUCGCGUCGCAAACCACUCUGGUACGCCGUGCUUUCAAUGAGCGCGAACGACCGUCGGGCGGAGGAGGCAGUGACGACGACAACGAUUAACUACGCCCAACUCUCACUCUCCUACAAAUCGGUUGCCCUCCAGCUCCUCCGAGAGUCCCUGACCAAGUUGGAGGACAUCAACGAGGCCCUAAUGACAUGUCUGAUUCUGUGUUCUCUCGAGAUCGCUUGCGGUUGCCGACCGGACUGGGUCCGACACGCGCAAGGCGCCUUUGCUAUUAUCAACAGCUAUGUCUCGGCAAUCGACCCCGAGAUUCUUUUCUUCGCCCAAAGCUACUUUCAAUCACGGGCCCUCUUCUUCCGUACCACGGGUUGUUAUCCCCCAGGGCGUCAGAUCACUCCACUUCUUCAAGACCAUUCAGCUCCUCUCAAAGCAUACACAUCACCCGAUCGAUGGACCCCUGAGAUCUUCUCCUGGGACGUACAUCUCUACAAUGACGACCACAAAACCACGUACCAACCCCACAUUGGAUGUUCGCUUGGCCUCUUAGACAUCAUCGCACGAGCCACGGACCUCGUCAGCCAGAAACAACACUUGCGGUCUACUGGAACCAGCUCGCUGGCCUCCGAGGGCGCUAUGAUGCACCAGGCGAUGUGUUUGCGCAGCGAGCUCGACGCUCUGGAUGAGGUGUAUCCACCUACCGCAUCAAACAGCGAGUACUUGGCCACGUGCGGCCAGUGCUUUCGGUUAGCAGCUGACCUGUAUCUGCAGCUAGCGUGUGAUAUGCCUCUGACGCAACACACUCUCCAGAAGCUGCUGGUCAAGCUUCUGGGGCAUAUCGGGCGGGUCAUCCGCGAGGACCAGGAGAGGCAGUUAUUUCCCAUGUGGCCGCUCUUUCUUGCGGGGUGUCUUUCCACGGCGGAUGAGGAUCGGGUACGCGUACUGACGUACUUCACGUAUCUCACACAGUCAUGGCCUGUAAGUAACGUGCCCGUGGCGCGGGAGGCGAUGGAGACUGUAUGGAAGUACCGGGAUCUAAACCCACAUGAUACUGGAAGUGGCUUAGACUGGCAGAUGAUUCUAAGUCGCAUGAAUUGGACACUUGCCUUGUCGUAGACGUUUGUUGUUUCUCUUUCUGUCUUGUCUGCCUGACCUUCCCCGAGCUAUUUUUUGUGUGUUGGGGGGGGGGGAUGUCCCCAUUAUGAC